AUAAUUGCAGUCUUUACUUGUUUCUGCACGUUAAAGCUGUGUGUCAGUGUGUGUUUACAAAUCGUUGAUAAAAGCAACACACAGAUGUCAAGUUUUGAUUUUCCUUAGAAUUCUGAAGCUACCUAAUUAGCUGAAGUUUAUCAGAAUGAUGGGAAAUUGAAAGAAGGUCUCUUCUUUAUAUCAAGACUGAGGCUUUGCAAGUGGGGAUUGUGGAAAUAUGGAAGAGGAAGAUAGGAUUGAAGAAAGCAGUGGUGCUAAGUUGGCUAGUCCGAGUUACAGCGGCGGUGGGGAGUUAAGGUGGGUUGAUGGUAGUGAAGUGGACUCUGAUUCACCUGCUUGGUGGCCAAUUGCUGAUGACGAUAGCAAAGGAGGGUAUGGAUCUUUGAGGAGUAGGCUGGUGAAGAAGCCCAAGAGAGUUGAUUCUUUUGAUGUUGAAGCUAUGCAGAUUGCUGGUGCUCAUGGUCACCACUCGAAGGAAUUUUCUACUUGGAGCACUCUUGCGUUAGCAUUUCAAACACUAGGUGUUGUAUAUGGUGACAUGGGAACAAGCCCUUUAUAUGUUUUCUCCGAUGUCUUUAGCAAGGUGUCUAUUACAUCAGAGGUUGAAGUGUUGGGCGCUUUAUCACUAGUGAUUUACACAAUUGCUCUUAUCCCAUUGGCAAAAUAUGUUUUUGUGGUGCUCAAAGCCAAUGAUAAUGGUGAAGGGGGAACAUUUGCACUUUACUCACUGAUUUGCCGGUAUGCAAAGGUUAACGUGCUGCCAAAUCGCCAGCCUGCCGAUGAACAGAUCUCAAGUUUCAAACUCAAGAUACCCACUCCAGAGUUAGAAAGGGCUUUAAGCAUAAAAGAGAUUUUGGAAAGGACAUCAUCCUUGAAAACCGUUCUUCUACUUUUGGUUUUGAUGGGAACUUCCAUGGUUAUCGGAGAUGGGAUACUAACCCCUGCAAUGUCAGUGAUGUCCGCCAUCAGUGGUCUUCAAGGAGAAAUACCAGGAAUUGGUUCAAAUGCAGUGGUCGUCAUUUCAAUUGUAAUUCUUGUGGGAUUGUUCAGCAUUCAACGGUUUGGAACUGGGAAAGUUGGUUUCAUGUUUGCUCCUGCCCUUGCUUUAUGGUUCUUCUCUCUUGGUUCCAUUGGAUUAUACAAUCUGGUGACGUAUGAUAUUACUGUAGUGAGGGCAUUAAAUCCGGCUUAUAUCUAUUUCUUCUUCAAGAAGAACAGCACAGAUGCAUGGCCAGCUCUUGGGGGUUGUGUUCUGUGCAUUACAGGGGCAGAAGCAAUGUUUGCUGACCUAGGUCACUUCUCUGUGAAAGCCAUACAGAUUGCCUUCACUUGUGUGGUGUUUCCGUGCCUUCUUUUGGCCUACAUGGGUCAAGCUGCAUACCUAAUGAAAUAUCCAGGUUCUGCAGGAAGAAUAUUCUAUGAUUCCGUGCCAGCUGCUCUUUUCUGGCCCGUUUUUGUGAUAGCCACCUUGGCUGCCAUGAUUGCCAGCCAAGCAAUGAUAUCUGCUACAUUUUCAUGCGUCAAGCAGUCUAUGGCUCUUGGAUGCUUCCCAAGACUGAAGAUAGUUCACACCUCAAGGAGACUGAUGGGUCAAAUUUACAUCCCUGUAAUCAAUUGGUUUCUAAUGACAAUGUGUAUAAUUGUUGUCUCCAUCUUUCGAAGCACUACAGACAUUGCCAAUGCAUAUGGCAUAGCUGAAGUGGUCGUCAUGAUGGUCACAACAACCUUGUUGACUCUUGUAAUGCUUCUCAUAUGGCAGACCAACUUGUUUUUGGCUUUGUGUUUUCCGCUUGUUUUUGGAUCAGUGGAGCUUACCUACUUCUCUGCUGUUCUAUCAAAAGUGUUAGAAGGAGGUUGGCUUCCUCUUGUUUUUGCUACUGUAUUUCUCACUAUAAUGUAUAUUUGGAACUACGGCAGUGUUCUGAAGUACCAGAGUGAGGUGAGGGAGAAGAUAUCAAUGGACUUUAUGCUCGAGCUUGGCUCCACUCUAGGGACGGUUAGAGUUCCAGGAAUUGGCUUGUUAUACAAUGAGCUUGUCCAAGGCAUUCCCUCAAUUUUUGGACAGUUCCUACUUAGCCUUCCUGCCAUUCAUUCUACUAUUGUAUUUGUAUGCAUCAAGUUUGUCCCGGUUCCUGUUGUCCCUCAAGAAGAGAGAUUUCUUUUUCGAAGAGUUUGCCCAAAAGACUACCAUAUGUUCCGCUGCAUUGCUCGUUAUGGCUAUAAAGAUGUCAGAAAGGAAGAUCACCGUGCAUUUGAGCAACUUCUGGUUCAAAGCCUUGAGAACUUCUUAAGAAAAGAAGCUCAAGACUCUGCCUUGGAUAUUAAAUUAAAGGAGAUGGAUCUUGAUAGUACUUCAGUGAGCUCAAGGGGAUCUGGAAAACAGAAUGCUUCUGGCAACAAUGAGCUUCUAAUUCCAUUGAUGCAAGACAACAGAUUGGAUGAGGCAGCUACUUCUACCUCAGAAGAAGCUUCUUCAUCAGCAUUGCCAUCCAGUGUGAUAUCAAAAGAGGACCCAAGUUUGGAAUACGAGCUCUCAGCUCUUCGAGAAGCAAUGAAUUCAGGAUUUACCUAUCUGCUUGCAAAUGGGGAUGUGAGGGCGAAAAAGAACUCAUUCUUUCUCAAGAAAUUGGUUAUAAACUACUUCUAUGCAUUCUUAAGGAGAAACUGCAGAGCUGGAACCGCAAAUAUGAGCGUACCUCACAGGGACAUCCUUCAAGCUGGCAUGACAUACAUGGUAUGAUUGUUUUAUCACAAACAUCAGAACUUCUCAUUUUGUUGAUAUCACCCUUCUUCUGUUAGUUCAACAUUGAAAGCUUCAGUAAAAUUCCAAAGGAAUAGCCCCCCAAAAAUUUUUAUGUAGGAAGCGAUAUUCAUGAACUGGCUUAGUUAAUAACUUUUACCACGGUCUUGAGAUUUGAUCAUGUCAUAAUUUAAAGUUUAAUAUGUU